AUGGAUCCUGUCAGCGCUCUUGGAGCCGCUGGCUCUGUCAUCGGGAUAGCAGGAUUUGGCUUUCAGCUGUCAGCCGCUAUUUAUCAGUUUUACUCUCAGAUUGGUGACGCCAAGGAGAGCUUGCAAGCUGCCGUUGACGGAAUCGACUCAACUGUAGUGGCGCUGGAUAGGAUCCACGAAUUUCUACAAAUCGAAGAGGAGAAUCUCAAAAAGGGAAAAGGCCUACUACUCUUCUCCAGUACCGCCAUUCUGGGCGUGAAAGACACAGCACACAAGUGCCUGGCCAUAUUCUGGAGGAUCGAGGCAACGAUUACGAAUAAGAACGGCCCCAAAUUUGAGAAGGAGCUAUUGGACAGGCUUUUGGCGCUCAAAAGGGAUACAGAAAAUAACUCAAAACAGCCCGUUUUCGAGAUUGAUAGCUCUCUCGCUGAGGCGGCUUCCUCCCUACGGAAUCGGUUUCGUUGGACUUUCAAAGGUGACUUCUCCAAAUUGGAAGGAUACAGCAAGCGUCUGCAACAAUUCCAAUUGACCACAGGCCCAAACAAUGCUCGCAGUUCUCAAGACGAGCCUCUAAGGAUGACAGUUGCACCCGAGGAAGACAGGGGCGCGGGAAAUUUGGGCCGGUCGAUGAGUCGCGGGCGACGCAAUAGUGAGAGCAUGAAGCCUGAAAUAGAUACAACACGUAUCCCAGGCAAUCCUCGUCCUCACUUGAAGAAGUCGACAAAUACAGUUCCCACCACUGUUGGACAAGAGCAGGACAAACUCAGACGCGAGCUCGAAGAAGCAGGCUCUACAGACCCCGUUCAAAUGGGCGCACACCAAGGAGCCUCGAGACCCAAAUCAUUCACUACAGACUUCAAUUCGGAGGGCAGUGCAACUGCCGUGCCUGAAGCCCAGACAUGCGUCUACAUAAUUAAACAGGGCAAGUCUCAUGCGAUUCCAUACCGUCUUGAGCCUGGAUUACGUGAUACAGUCAACGGUGCCUUGCGCCUCCGCCAAUCUCAGAAGUCAGUCUACAAAAAGCUUGCUUCUCUGAGUCCCGAGAACUUGGCUGCACUGCAGGCGGUGCUUGACGACGGGGGAUCCGGACCCCAGACUCGGCGGUUGGUGCAGCUCAGUAUUUCGCAAAAGUCCUCGUUCCAGAUCGGGGGCAGCAAGGAGCCCGCAGUCAUGGCAAUCGUGGAGGAUCUGUAUCCGCAGCGACCUUGGAGGGAUGAUGGACAGAGCGUCUGGGAGAGUGACGAUUAUUCCGGUGGACCACCAACGUAUCCUAGACGGCUUUCCCUUGGCGAUCGGAAUCGCUUGGUGCGCAGAGAAAUUGGACCACAGUUCUCUAUACGUCCAGGACACAGCCGUCAAUCAAGCCUCACCAGGAACCGUCCCCAUCGCGAUGUACAAGACGUGUCUAAAGACAUGAUGGAUCGUGAUGACUACCAGACUGCGCUAACAACAUAUCGAGUUUGGAUCAUACAGCAGCACUCAAGCCUCAAAGAGUCCCAAUCGGAGACACAGAGCUGGGCAAGAUGCACGGUGAUAGAGGACAUCCGCAACCAUGACGAUAUUACUCAACGUCUCCUUAUCCUGGACAGUAAGCCCCCAUCAGUUAACAUGAAGAGACUAUCGCUCCGACCAGACCAGCAAACGCAGAUUGCCCGCCUUCAUGAGACUAUUGUCGAUGGCGAGAGCAGUCCGGAGUACCAGUGGAAUCUCCGACAGCUGGACUUAAUCCGCUCAAAGUCAAAUCCCUUCCAGCUGGUCCCCUCCGUCACGGCCAUUUUCGUGUAUCUAUCGAGAACUCCGCGAGCGCAUGUCGACCUUCAGCAUCUCUUUGAGAUGGAGCAAAUGCCUGGAGAUGAUGACAGCCAGACAUACUCAUCAAUGACCAAUAAUGCCCAGCCAUUUUCCAGGCCUCCACUUGCGCCACAGUUCAACAAUUUUAAUUCCUACAAUGGUCCACCAAAGUUUUCUCCUCACUUUCCAAAUGGACCACCGCCUCCUCUUCCCCCGGCUUUCCACUCACCACCUCCUCCGCGGCCCCCUGAUGCUCCAGAUGCUCCGUACAACCCUCACGGGCCCCCGGACGGCUAUCCACCGCCAGGAGCAAGUUUCAACAACAGGGCACCGUCACCACCACGACCUCCACGUCCUGAGGUAGUAGACCGCCGAAGGUACGAAAGCUCCACGGAAGAAUCCACAGAGUCGAGCUGGUCAUCUGCAUACUCGGACCCUGACGACGCGGGCAAGGAGCACCCGAAGAAUCGCAGGACUCGCAUCGCGGCGCGUCUUGCAUCCAAACGGGCACUGAUCGAUUUGGGAUAUCCCUUUAUCGAAGAGGCAAGCUGCCACAAAUGA